UGAGCUAUAUUUCUACGAAACUUUAGGGAGGGGGUAAAUAAUUUUAACACUAUUCCAAAAAUGUCUUAUAAGAUAUCGACGACAAGACUCUGCGCGCUUGCGAUGCUCCUUUUAUUGCUAGGCUCCAUUUCCUUGACGGAGGCAAUCGUCUUCAAGCUGCAGCCUAACAGCCGGCGUUGCUUUGCGAACGAGGCUCCGAGCAACACUUACCUUAGGAUUGCCUACAAGUUAACCCCAGCCCCCGACCAGAAGCUUUUGGUCUCGCUAUUGGGGCCUGAUGAUGUUGCAGUCUGGACGGAUGCAAAAGACGAGGCAUUCCAUCAGUCGUAUAACUCCGUGGGUGGUAAUUUUCAUUUGUGCUUCUUAUCAAAAGUGGAAAGAUAUGACAAUGGGGCACCGUUGGAACGGGUCGUCACCCUUAAGAUGGAUAACGAAUUAUCGGAAUCGGUUGAGAACGACCCAACGUCAAAACUCAAGCCUAUCGAGGAUCAGCUUCGUAAGAUAGAAUAUACCAUUUUCGGCAUUCACAAUGAAUAUUUGUAUUUUAAGGAAAAGGAAGCAGAAAUGCGAUCCACUAACGAGCACAUGACAUCAAAGGUGGUGUGGAUCUCGGUCUUUGUUAUUAUAAUAUUUUUGGUGUUCUCCUACUUUCAAUUGCGCCACCUCAAGUCGUAUUUCAGAAAGAAGAGGAUGAUUGAUUAGAUUUCCUAGAGUUGAUAUGUGUAACGGUUCAACAAAUACAAAAAUGCCUAGUUGAAGGAAUUAAGAAAAAUAUCGUGAUCCCUGUUUUUCGAUUGUUACUGGUGUCCAAGAACCUUUUUAAAAUAUAAUUUGAAUUUCUUUUUUGUCGGUGCUUAAUAUUGAUCUUGGGUAUAGGAAGUAGUGAAUUGCUUCAGGUUAAGGUUGUGAUGGAAUCUUUUUCUGUGUAUGUAUGUGUUUAUUUCUCUCAAACACAUCCGAAAAGUUGUCUAAUUUUUGAAGGUCUGUAUUUAGAUCAAAUGUGAUCAUGUUUGAAUAUUCAGAAGAAUUACGUUU